AUGUCUGCUCUCGUCAAGAGCGGCUACGAGGGCAAGAUCGCCGGGUUGUAUGACCUAGACCGUACGCUGGGUAAGGGUCACUUCGCCGUGGUCAAACUGGCACGUCAUGUCUUCACUGGCCAGUUGGUCGCGGUCAAGGUGAUCGACAAGACCAAACUGGACGCCAUGGCGGCAGGACACCUCCUGCAGGAGGUGCGAUGCAUGAAGCUGGUGCAGCACCCCAACGUGGUUCGUCUUUAUGAAGUUAUCGACACGCAGACCAAGCUCUACCUCAUCCUGGAGCUGGGCGACGGCGGAGACAUGUACGAUUACAUCAUGCGGCACGAGGGGGGCGUCGCCGAAGAGACAGCCAAGGUCCACUUUGCCCAGAUCGUUCGCGCCAUCGCUUACUGCCACCGCUUGCACGUGGUCCAUCGUGACCUCAAGCCAGAAAAUGUGGUCUUCUUCCGCCAGCAGGGCACGGUUAAGAUCACCGAUUUCGGUUUCAGCAACCGUUUUCAGCCAGGCACCAUGCUGAUGACCAGCUGCGGUUCGCUGGCGUACUCCGCCCCGGAGAUCCUUCUGGGCGAAGAGUAUGAUGCACCCGCCGUCGAUAUCUGGUCCCUUGGUGUGAUCCUGUACAUGCUGGUGUGUGGCCACCCACCUUUCCAGGAGGCCAAUGACAGCGAGACCCUCAUUAUGAUCAUGGACUGUCGCUACACAGUGCCCGCCCACGUGUCACCAGAAUGCAAAGAUCUAAUCUCAUGCAUGCUGCAAAGGGAUCCUGCUCAGAGGGCGUCUCUAGCUGAGAUUGAAGGACACCCGUGGUUACAGGGUGUAGACCCCUCCCCUGCGGGACACAUCGCUGCCCCCCUCACCUCCCACCGCAGCCUGUCCCAAGACGAACACGAGGUCAUCCUCCAGGCCAUGACCAGUGGCAACAUUGCCGAUAGAGACGCCAUCCAGGAAGCUCUGGAAGCAGACAGAUAUAACCACAUCACAGCCACGUACUACCUGCUGGGGGAACGAAUCCUCAGAGAGAAACAGGAGCAAUCCAGUCUGACUGACAGCCCUAGCAGUCAGCGUAGACUCGCACAGAGGCCUCUGUCUGAACCACUGGAGCUUGUGGACCGGGGGCUCCAGGCCGAUCCACUGAGGGGAGCUCCGCUGACCUCACUCUCCUGCCCCUCUCCUCCCCGCCGUGGAGUUAGCGAGUCUGGGGACUUGCUGAACCACAGGUCUGGUCGGCAGGAAGGUUCUUUGGUGGAGUUCAGUCCGCCACCCUGCGCCCUGAGCCUCAGUCUGCACCCUGCACCUCCUGCACCAGAGCAGACGCAGCCCGUCAAGACUCUACCAGCCCUGCAGCAGAUCUGCGAGGAAGAAGAGGACGAGGAGGAGGAAGAGGAGCAGUCUUUUGAUCUUGAUCGUGAUCGACCAUGUGAACUGAGCAAGGAGUCCACGGUCGUGACAUCAGAACCCUCAGAUUCUUUUCUCGCUAACGCAGUGACUCCGACCAAGAGCAGAGACCAAACAAGUGAAGGGCAAAUAGGUGAGGAGGUGUUGGGACUCUCUGAAGGGUCAAAGGAGGAGGAGGAAAGGGAUUUACCACAGGAGGACAAACUGACAGAAAAGCAGGAGGUGCCACAGAGUGAUCUGGGGCCACGGGAUGUUAGAAAGGCUGAGAAACACACAGAGAAAGGAUACUUGGAGACCCAGGUUACAGAAGAACCAGAGCUAGCAAGGCCUGAAGCUGACCAGACCGCAACCAACAGAUCCCCAAACAGAGGGGAAAGUCAGUCUGGUGAGCUGGUUUUGGACAAGCAAGAUAGACCACCAAUGGCACCCAAGACGGAUGCUGUGCAGUGUUGCCAGGGGCAGUGUGAGACUUCCAUUGCAGAUAGAGGAUCUGAGGACACUCUCAAAGAGAAGAACAAUAACAACACCAAGUCCAGGCUAUUUGAAACCACCAGUGGCUCCCCAUCCUCAUUACCCAGGAACCACUGUGUGGACUUGGGGCCCGACGGGGUGGAGACCCGUAGGGCUGGGGUAGAGAGCGAGAAGCUGGAGGAGCUCCACACCGACCGGGCCACGAAGCACCAGGACGGUCAACACGGCCCCAGAGAAGCAGGGCCCGACCCAAAUGCCGCCACCGUCCGGGGCGACCUAACCAAGGGCAAGAAUGUGAAUUUGCGUGAGCGCCUCCUCCAGUUCCCGCUGUGCGAGAAAGCUCUUUCCUUCAACAUUCAGCCCACCUCCAAAGAGAAACUCGUACCCUUUGCCCAGUACAACUGCUGCCAUGUACUGUAGAACACCUCCCACUCUUAUCACCCUUUGUGACCCAACCAGAACCAGAACCACAGGCUCGUAACAACUCCUCACCUGCGUGUCGUCAUGCAGUUCGAGCCUGCUGUUCCCAAUUCUGUGACCCUCAACACCAUAGAGUUUCAAAGACACUUAGACGGUGUGUGUCCUUCUCCCAUACUGUGACCUCAUAGGUGCUCUGGACCCAUGGAGCCCCAUCUAGUUACUGUAUGUCUGUAGCUUGCCUCCUGACCCCCGCAAUCUUUGCUGCUGUCUAGUUGAAAGGUAACCUCUCUUAGCGCUGCUAUGUGCGUAUAGACACAGUGCAGACACUGUGCACUGCUUCCUGUGUUGUCCCAUAAGAACCUAUGUUGUAGCUAGAUUAAUGUCUUGACAAGAAGUCCCUUGUAUAAUACAAUGUCUUGUCAUGUUUCGCACCGUACAGCUUGUCGAAUACACAGCUUCACACUGAUUGGAGGAUAGGAUUGUCAGUCAUAGUGUAGACCCGUCAGGUACUGGGUUAUCUUUGAAGAGGUGCAUGCGAUUAGUGCUUUUUGGCCACUCUAAACCGCCCAGCGACAGAACAGAAGGGACCGGAUGCAUGAGAACAGGGCACGUAGAGAGAGCAGUGAGACAGCUUGUCAGCAUGAACGUUGGCGCAUGCUAAAUCAGAUCAGUUUAGCUUAGCAUUAGACUGCAGCAGAGUGAGA